UGCAAAUAUUGUCAUUGAUAGCCUACUUACACGUAGCAAGAAAAAUAAUUCGGAAGUUUGCAGUAGCUAAAAUGUUUUGGCACCACCUCGAACAGUAUGUGAAAGGACCACGAGCAGUGACACACAGCGGAUACCUUCUAAGGUGACAUUCAAUCGAUACCGCAUUGACAACGUGUCGAUUGCAAUCUGCAGCUGAUGUCAUUGCUACAAUGAGAAAUGCAGUUUCAUUGUGUUGUCCCGCCCCGCAGUGAUAGAAUUUUAGAAGAGCGCAACAAAAUAGUUACCUACUAUAAUGGCCGAUGAACAAAAUGCACCUCUUGACGACCAAAGUGGUCGAGCUGAAGAAGAAAUGGAAGAACCUCAAGGACGCGUAUCGGAAAGAAUUGAAGAAGAACCCGCAAAUGCACACGAGUGACCCUAACUAUACCUACAAGUCCCUGUGGAAGUACUUCCAAGAUCUGGACUUUCUGAAGGACGAGUGCAAGGACCUGAUCGAGGACGACGAGGAGCCGGCCACCGCCAGCGACAACGAGAGCCACGACAACUUCGUUGACAACCUCCCUUUGGCCACUCUGACCUCCCCUCCGGAUUCUCCCCUCCACCAAGGGGACAGGUCGUUCAAACGCCAACUCGAAUUAAGCUCAGAUUACCAAGAAUUCGAAAGAAAGAGACGCAAAACCAUGGAAAGACGCAGCAGUGAGAGGAAUUCCGAUAAUUACCACUUUCUGAUGAGCAUUCUCCCCGAAAUGGAUAGGUUACAUUCCAUACAGAAGAUUCGGUUGAGAAAUAAGAUCAAUCAAGCUUUGUUGGAAGAGAUGACGCUGGCGAUGUAUGGGGACCCUAUGAGCUGCGACCUGACUCAUACGAAAAAUGAACAGGAAUAGUUUUAAUAGUAGAUCUAAGAGAUUAGAUAGGUUGACUACGUGACGGUAUCAAGUGAUUGAUACUGAUGAAGAUGGAUAAUUUAAUUGAAAUUUUAAUGUAUGAUCUAUAAGUACUUAAUUAGCAAAUAUUUUCCAUAUGAUAGAGUACAGCUAUGUAUAAACGACAAGUAGGCUAAAAUAGAAACAUUCAGUAUUUUUAAUUAAACACAAUUUAAGUACA